UGAAGUGGCUUUUCCGGUGUUGGUAUGAGUUGUGGACGCAAACCUUUUCUGGAGAAAUAAAUUGUGCAGAAAUAGACAUGAUCGCCAGCACAUGAAGACUAGGCGAAUGCUCUUCAGUGUUGUCGUGAAUCUGUGAAAUGUGACCAGAGGUACGUUCCCAGGAUAAUGGGGGAAAGAGCAGGAAGCGCAGACAGCGACGAAGAAAGUAAGGCGGGCAGACGGCACUCCUGCUACUACUCGUCGGACUUUGGGACCCCGCGGUCCUCCUCCGGCCAGUCAUCGCCGCGCAGCCUUUCGCCGGGAAAGGGCAGGGCGAAGAGCCCUAAAAUACAAGCAUCCGUGCGCCCAGUGCAUGUCCAAGCCCCUAGGAAACCAAGCCCGAAGCGCGCACCCAACAGAAAGGGAGUCAGAGUGGGAUUUCGGUCCCAAAGCCUCAACAGAGAGCCACUUUGGAAAGAUCCUGAUCUCGUGACAAAACGAGUGCUCUCUGCAAGACUGCUGAAGAUCAAUACCCUGCAGAAUGAAGUGUCUGAACUCCAGGUCAAGCUUGCCGACUUGCUGAAAGAAAACAAGGCUUUGAAGCGGGUACAGUACAGACAGGAGAAAGUCCUGAAUAGGUUUGGAGAUGCAGAGAAUGAAAUCUCCCAGCUUAUAGUUCGUCACAACAAUGAGAUUACAGCCCUCAAAGAACGCUUAAGAAAAUCUCAAGAGAAAGAACGAGCAACUGAGAAAAGGGUGAAAGAUACGGAGAGUGAGCUGUUCAGGACCAAAUUUUCCUUACAGAAACUGAAGAAGAUCUCUGAAGCUAGACACCUACCAGAAAGAGAUGACCUGGCAAAGAAACUGGUUUCAGCGGAGUCGAAAUUGGAUGACACUGAAAGAAAAAUCAAGGAGCUGUCCAAAAACCUUGAGCUGAGCACUAACAGUUUCCAGCGGCAGCUGCUUGCUGAGAGGAAGAGAGCCUUUGAGGCCCACGAUGAGAACAGAGUUCUUCAGAGAGAGCUACAGCAGCUGCACGACAAAUUAAAGGAAAAAGAGAGAGAACUGGACAUAAAAAACAUAUACUCUAACCGUAUGCCAAAGUCCUCUCCAAAGAAAGAAGAAAAGAAUUCAUCAAGAAAAAACGCUGCGUGCCAGAGUGAUUUUACAGACCUGUGUACCAAAGGAGUACAGACCACCGAAGAGUCUGAACUGGAAGAGUUCCCUGGAAUACCAGAAAUGACUCGGCGUUACAAAGGCAGGUGGGACGAGCCGGAGCAUCUUUCUUUGGACCUGGAAUCCCAAGAGUAUGAUGGGCACAGAGACGCACGGAUUCUCAGCCUGGCUGUGGAAAAGGCAGAACCCAGUGUUCAAGAUGAAGGCCCGCACACUGCAACGCGGGGGGCUGAGAAGCGGGAGGACGAAUGGGAAGGAGAAGAACUUGAUAAAAAGCAAAAAGAAAAGACAUCUUUACUUGAGAGAGAAGAAAAGCCUGAACUGGAAACUGGAAGGUACCAGUUGGGAAUGUAUCAAAUUCAAAAUAUUGAUAAAUUGAAAGAAGAAGAGGAAAGACUUAAGACUGAAAUGCUGCUUGCUAAGCUGAGUGAGAUUGACAGAGAGCUCCAAGAUCCCUGGAAGCUGAAAUACCCUCCUUUGCCACUAAUACCCGAUUCGGAAUCAAAACUGCACUCAGAGAACAGCCCCAAAGCGCACACGUUCUCCGAAUCCCCAGAGAGGUUGUCCAAUGGGCACCCCUUGGGAGACAGAAGUGUUGUACUUCCCAAGGGAGAAGGCCAGAAUCCAGGGACGCUUCGAGCUCCAGCCUCUCCAAGCAAGCUUUCAUUUGGUAGCUAUGUGCCUUCAUUUGCAAAAACCUCAGGCAAGGCAAACCCACUUAGGCAAAAAAGUGGCCUUCGUGACUUUCCAAAACCCAGUGUAGACCCUCUCAGUAAAGACACUAUCGAUUUAACUGCAAGAAAAGAGAAGAAAGCCAACCUGAUGGCGCAGCUGUUUGGCUCCGAUGGCGGCAGUGCCUUCUCCUCCAAGGGCAGUGACACAGGUCCCAUGGCUGCCAGCAGAGGAGGCAGCGAUCCUCCAAAUGUCCUCCCUGGUGAUAAGGUUAAAAGCAGUAGAGACCGGGAACACGAUGAAGACGAAGACUUUUUCCUUGGGGAAGGAAGAAGUUUUAAUACAAAUAAACAGCAAUUAAAACCUGCAGACAACAAGACAGCAGUAAAAGUGGUUGGUUCUGUCGAAGAUGACAUUGAAGAAGUGGCCCUGAGAUGACUGGCCAGAGUUGGCAUCUUUCUCUGACUGUAAAUAUUAAAAUAUGUUAGUAUUUAUUAUAAAAAUUGAGACUUUUUAAUGUUAAAAAGUCCUUAUUAAAAAUGAUUUUUAGUAGCUCAACUGAAAAGAAACAGCAUAUCUGCACUAGGCAUCUUGUUAACCAAGAAUGGAGCAGGCUUUUUUUUUUUUUUUAAUGAAACCAAAUAUAAAGAUAUGGUAGUCAGCUUUCCUGCUGCUGAGACCCAGCACCCAGCACCUGCAUCCUGGAGGAGGAGCAGGAUUAAAUGGGCUCAUGGCUUACGGUGCAGGGGAUUCAGUCCAUGGUCAGAUGGCUCCAGGGUAGCGACAUCAGGUGGAAGGGUAGGGGGAGUUGCUUAAUCCACAGCAGCCAGAGGGUGGAGCAGGAAAAUAGGCAGGGUGGGGGAGUCAGAUGCAGACCCCAAGUCACCCUUCCAGGACCCGACCAGCCACUCCAGAGCGCUGGACUCCAAUUCCCCGGGAGAUUGCCAAGCCAGUGAAACUUCCCCACUGCAGAGGUGUCUCAACCUUCAUUUUGACCUUUUAACUAAUUAAUAUUUUUUUCCUCCUAAACCAGCUGAUGGGGAGGUUAUACUUCACUGGAAGUCACAUGUAUUCCUACUUUUGUCCCUGUUUGGAAAUUUGAAUCUGCAGCUUUAAGACUGAAUUUGCCCUCACACUAAAGAAACAAAGGGUAAUACUGUUGGACUUGUAGGACUUGUUCUAAUGCCACUUGGGAUAAAAGUCUAGAACGGAGCUCCUGCCCUGCUGAGCAGAGUGGACACAGUUCUGUUGAAAUGCAGCGGUUUUCUUUAGAGGUCUAUAGUUUACCUCAGUCAGAAAGGAGUGCGCCAGGAGUGCUUGUCACCAGCCAGGAGAAAACCGCUACAGUGCCACGUGGAGGACAUUGUAUGUCUAGGAGAAUAAAACCACCAGCUAGGCGCUUACUCUGAACUGAGUGGCGUUUUCCAAGAAGUCACCGUAUCUUUCUUCAUUGUAUGAUUUCUGAGGCCGAGCAUACACACUGAGAAGAGUCGUUAUAGAAACUUAUUCAUGAAUGUCAUUCUACAACUAUUUGAUAAGACUUAGGUGGCUAGGUCUUUAAAAAAUGUACCAUCUAUCAUUGUCUAAAUUGUGUUACUUAUAAUUGGGCAUAAUCUCCCCUAAGUGCUAAUAUUAAAAUUUUUUCUUAAAGAGAUUUUUAUAUAUGAUAUUUACUAUGUUACAAUGAUUCUAAUAUAUAUAUAUAAAAUUUGUAAUACAAAUAUUUUUUAAAUAUGUUUCAUUUAAACUGCUAAUUUUUGGUCAAAACUAUUCUGUUUGAAGUUUUAUUUUAAAUGCUUUAAUAAGAGUUUAUAGACAAGUUUUUUAUUCAGGAUAUUUAAUUAGUUGCUUUUUUUCUACCUGAUAAGGUAUCUUUAUCCAGAUGCAACAGACAGAAUUAUUAAAAGCUAAAAUUAAGUUACCGGCAUAAAAGCAUUAUGAUGUUAUUAAAAUUGGAGAUGUACAUGUGCAGAACAGGUUUUUUAAUGAAUAAACCUCAGUGAAUCAUUUUUCUAAAGUUAAUUUAAAUUUAUUUGU